AGCAGAGCCUAUCAGAUGGUCAAGAUGAACAAGACUGGGUCCAAGGUAGUGCUUUCAGCACAGAAAGGGUCUCAGAUUACUAACACAACCCCUCAGCGGGGACAUUGGUACAUUCUUGCCUCAAGCCAGCCAAGCGCUACAGUCUCCCUGAGCCCAUCGUCCCAUCGAAGAGCCGACCCUGGGCAUCCUAUCACUCCCAAUUUGGUGUCAGAAUAUUCUCAACCUGUCUCCCCCGAGUCAGGGCCCAGCUUCUCUGCACCAUCCAUCCCUAAGGGAACUGAAGCCCGAUCAAAAUCAAAAGUAUACCGCCAUCCUUCUCUUGCAAGGAAGGUCCAGCAAACUCAGACAUCAGCUUCUCACGCCACCCAGAUGCCAGGGAAUGUCAGUCCAUCCAGACACGAAUCAACACAAAGGGGGGUUGAGAGCAAGUCAGGGUGUGAUAGCAGUAAUCGCUACUCAUUAACCACAGAUAGGAAAUCUCGCCGGUUGAGUUUUAUAGACCAGAAGGAUAAUUUACAGAUCUUAGAAGAAGAUCCACCCUCCAAAGUCCAGUAUCCACAAGGGGUCAGAGUUCCAUACAGGCCUUUGGUUUGCCCAAAGGAUAAAGCAGUUCAAACUGAGCCCAUCCGAAAGAGUUCAAGAGCAAGUCCGGGUGUUGAGAUGACAUCUGCUGCUGAGAUGAGAUCUCCAACGAGACCCUCUAGCCCAAAACAUGCCAGCAGCCACAUCUCUGCCAACUGUCAGAGAGCCCGGAGAAGGAUCCCCGGUCAAGAGUCUGAAAUGGGUCAUCACAGCUCAGGGAAUACCGAACCCAAGGCACUGCAUAGGAAAAUGAACUUGGAAUCCCUCAGACUCUCUGUCCUUAAAGAUUUGGAUGGUGAACACCAAGUUUGUGUUCGUCCAGGGCCAGAGUGUAUCUGCAAGCCGUCUGCCUACACGGAAACCAAGCCCUCCUCAGAGAUCUUAGUGUCAUCAGAAGUGGAGUCCAGCAUGAAGUCCUCAAUCCGAGGAGACAGCGAGGUGGGCCGCAGGGUCACCAUCUCCCCAAGGGGACAGUCAGUACAGUCAGUUCACCGUGUGACAUUUCGAGCAGUGCCUGAGAGGCCCCACAGAUCUGCGUUUGUCAUGCCAGAGCCCAUCUAUAAACAGCCCGCCCAAAGACCCUCAGAAGGUGCCUACGUGUCCCCAGGACCUACACUUAGGUAUCCAGAACCCUCCCAAAAGCCCUCUCUCCGUGCAGAACUGGAACUGACCCCUCGGCCCUUACCCCCUCGGUCCUUACCGAAGUAUGGGCCCGACUCCUCGUGGUGGGCCUUACUCAGUCUUGAUGCUGAAACGUGCCACAGCCGGCCAACAGCACCUGAUUUCAAGCCUAAGUGUCCUCCUGCCUUAGACCUUUUAUCGCCCUCUUUUGAAAUGGACUCAGGCCUUUUCUGUAAAGAUCAGAUGUUCCAGAGAGAGAAGGCAAGUCCAUCACUGCCACCAGCACCAGCACCAAAGGAGUCUCCAAACCGGGCACCACUGAGGGAAGUGCCACAGGCCCCCAAGCACGCCUCCGAAAAACCCAUUCAAAGGUUUAGUGCUUUCAUCUUGGAUGUCUCUGAGGAAAUGCACAAUCAUGUCAUCUGGUGGCUAAAAGAUGAGGAGAUCAAACGCUUCCUAGAGGACUCGGAUGAUACAGAACUGAACAAGUUUGUGAAGGAUUACCCAGGAGGCAAGACCUGCCACCAACCAGAGGCCAGGCCCCAAAUCCUGGAGCCAAAGCCCCAGGCCCUGGACCUCUGCCAGGAUGACCUGGAGUUCACACCGCCCUCGUGGCCCCAGACCUCUGCCAGCCAGCAGUACUUCUCUGCCUCAGCCCCUCUCAGCCCCUCAGCCCGGCCCCGCAGCCCGUGGGGCAAGCUUGAUCCCUAUGACUCCUCUGAGGAUGACAAGGAGUAUGUGGGCUUUGCCACGCUCCCCAAUCAAGUCCACCGAAAGUCCGUGAAGAAGGGCUUUGACUUCACCCUCAUGGUGGCAGGAGAGUCUGGUCUAGGGAAAUCUACUCUGGUCAAUAGCCUCUUCCUCACUGAUCUGUACCAGGACCGGAAACUCCUCAAUGCUGAAGAGCGGAUCAUGCAAACUGCGGAGAUCACUAAACAUGCAGUGGACAUAGAAGAGAAGGGUGUGAGGCUGCGGCUCACCAUUGUGGACACACCAGGUUUUGGGGAUGCAGUCAACAACACAGAGUGCUGGAAGCCUGUGGCAGAAUACAUCGACCAGCAGUUUGAGCAGUAUUUCCGAGAUGAGAGUGGCCUGAACCGCAAGAACAUCCAAGACAACAGGGUGCACUGCUGCCUGUACUUCAUCUCGCCCUUCGGCCACGGGCUCCGGCCGUUGGAUGUUGAAUUCAUGAAGGCCCUGCAUCAGCGGGUCAACAUCGUGCCUAUCUUGGCAAAGGCGGACACACUGACACCUCCAGAAGUGGAGCACAAGAAACACAAAAUCCGAGAGGAGAUUGAGCACUUUGGAAUCAAGGUCUACCAGUUUCCAGACUGUGACUCUGAUGAGGAUGAGGACUUCAAAUUACAGGACCAAGCCCUGAAGGAAAGCAUCCCAUUUGCUGUAAUUGGCAGCAACACUGUAGUGGAGGCCCGAGGGCGGCGGGUUCGAGGCCGGCUCUACCCCUGGGGCAUCGUGGAAGUUGAAAACCCAGGGCACUGCGACUUUGUGAAGCUGAGGACAAUGCUGGUGCGCACUCACAUGCAGGACCUGAAGGACGUGACGCGGGAGACACAUUAUGAGAACUACCGGGCACAGUGCAUCCAGAGCAUGACCCGCCUUGUGGCGAAAGAACGGAAUCGCAACAAACUGACUCGAGAGAGUGGUACUGACUUCCCCAUCCCUGCUGUCCCAGCAGGGACAGAUCCAGAAACAGAGAGGCUGAUCCAAGAGAAAGAUGAGGAGCUGCGGCGGAUGCAGGAGAUGCUGCGCAAAAUCCAAAGACAGAUGAAGAAGACCCAUUAGCUGGCUCUCAGCCCUGGGUACUUACAUGUCCUUCUCUCCGUCCUGCCUAAGCCAGCCCCUGCCAGCUCCUGCCACGCUCAGGCCCCUCACGCUACUUGCCACUUCGUCGCAUUUCCCUGCUGCCUCCCCAGAGACUCGGAGGAAAUAAAGUUUAACAAAUCUCUA